GCGUGUCGAUGUGUGUACACAGCGUCCUCGCUGUUCCACAGAGAGUGAAGCUGCUCUAACUUUCCGUGUGCAGACGGCGUCUGUGAGGAUGGAGAGAGGAUAAACGGAGCACAGAUUCCAGAGGAGUUGCAUUAAAGAUGACUGCCGUUGGGACGUAUGGUGUCAUGUGUUCAUAAGAUAUUCGUGGGUACGUUUUGAGGCUCAUCAGAUUGCUGUGCAUGCACUCAGCUGAGAGUCUACUCGGUGUGCAGGCAGCGGGCGCGUUGCUAUUUUUAGAAACAAUGUUGCGGUAGAGGAAUCAAUCAAACUGGGGCUAAAACAGUGUAUUCAUGACAAUCUGCUGCAACCCUCUGAGAUUCCUAUCUGAGCUCACCGGGCCAUGCGACAGGAUGGUGCUUGUAUAUCUAUCGCAUCUUAGCUGAUACCAAAUGAUGCCUUUUCCUCUGUUGCUCUCCAGGAAAGCUUGCCGGCGGACUGCAAACUUUUGCACCAUGGAAUCCACUACUCUCUCUGGCACCAGUGGCUGCAAUGCUUUUGGGACCUCGUGUAGUUUUUCCUCUUUUUACAGUAUUAGAAUUUCUAAAGACCAUUGCAGUUUGGGAUGUGAAUGAGACUUAUUGGAUGAAAGAACCAAGAGCGUGAAAUUCUGGAGGGAGGCGUUUUCUUAUCUUCUUUUACUUUGCAUAUUUUUGCUGGCUCUUAUGGGAAUUAAGCACUCGUCCCGCUGCAUGCUCCUCAGGAGAAAAAUGGCGGAGUCUGAGAGCAGUGAGCACCAACAGUCACAGCCACAGCCAGUCCGCAUAAUUCAAUCCCGCUCGGCACAGCCCACCUCAUUGCCCAAGCCUGUGCCUUCCAUCCAGCAUGCCUCCCGGCCUCCUAUCCCCCCACACACCCCCCAUGCUGCCAACCUACCUAGCUGUCCUGGGCGGGGGAAGAUGUCCAAGUUCCUUAACCCAGAGGAGAUGACCUCGCGGGACUACUACUUCGACUCCUAUGCACACUUUGGUAUACAUGAGGAGAUGCUGAAGGACGAAGUGAGGACGCUCACCUACAGGAACUCCAUGUACCACAACAAGCACGUCUUCAAGGACAAAAUAGUGCUGGAUGUGGGGAGCGGGACUGGGAUCCUAUCCAUGUUUGCAGCCAAAGCGGGGGCGAAGCACGUGUAUGGGAUUGAAUGCUCCAGUAUUUCAGAGUACUCAGAGAGGAUCAUCAAGUCCAACCACCUGGACAGCGUGAUCACCAUCUUCAGAGGAAAGGUGGAGGAGGUGGAGCUCCCUGUUGAGAAGGUUGACAUCAUCAUAUCUGAGUGGAUGGGUUACUGCCUCUUCUACGAGUCAAUGCUCAACACUGUCAUCUUCGCCAGGGACAAGUGGCUGAAACCCGGAGGAUUAAUGUUUCCUGACCGAGCCUCUCUGUAUGUGGUGGCCAUAGAGGACAGACAAUACAAGGACUUCAAAAUACACUGGUGGGAGAACGUCUACGGCUUCGACAUGACCUGUAUUCGAAAUGUGGCCAUGAAGGAACCACUGGUGGACGUUGUGGACACUAAACAGGUGGUGACCAACUCCUGCCUCAUCAAGGAGGUGGAUAUCUACACAGUGAAGGUGGAGGACCUCUCUUUUACCUCAGCCUUCUGCCUGCAGAUCCAGAGAAACGACUACAUCCACGCACUGGUCACAUACUUCCACAUCGAGUUCACAAAGUGUCACAAGAAGACCGGUUUCUCCACAGCACCAGAUGCUCCAUACACCCACUGGAAGCAGACAGUGUUUUAUCUGGAGGACUAUUUGACGGUGCGGAGAGGAGAGGAGAUAACGGGCAGCAUCGUUAUGAAGCCCAAUGAGAAAAACACUCGUGACUUGGACUUCACCUUCGAGCUGGAUUUCAAAGGCCAGCUGUGUGAAGCGGCCAUAUCCCACGACUACAAGAUGCGUUAGGCGCGACCUCGAAGACCUGCUGAGUGUGAACCACAGGGCACCAGAGGGAGACAGAGACGCUCCCAUGACAGCAGACAGACACUCUGGGUGACGUAGGUGAGGCAGAGGAUGGAGCAGAGGAGGCCCUGCUGACACUAUGGUCACCACAGCGCAUGAUGACGGCAGGAAGUUACUGAAACUGACUGUUAAAACAAUCCUGAAUGUAACACUGACAAAAAACGGCCAGGAGUCUUUUCAGAUCUUGGUGAAUGUUAUUGAUUAUUGAUGUGCGUUUCUGUGAGAUGGAGUGAUGUACCUGUGUGUUCUCUUCAGUAUUUGUUUUCUGCAAUAACCUGGACCUUUGGGAGGGAUAAUUUAAGUCACAGUGGAGCUCAUUUAAUUCAAACUGUGUUGUCUUUGUUCUUCUAACAGUAGACAAUACAUUUAAGGUGUAGUUCUUAUGUUUUAUUACGUAUAGUAGGGAAUGAUAAACAGAAAAACUUUAAUUUCUAGUUGUUUAAAUUGAGUAACGUUGGAAAACUAACAGCCAAGGACAAACCUGUGUAGGUACUUGUCUGUGUGUGAUGUGAAAGGUAACGUGUUUGCAUUGUCAGUGUAUCGUAGCUUCCUGUGAGUGUGUCGUAGAAGGGGUCAAAGCUCACUCUGUUGCACAGCUUGGACUCCACGUGUGCCCCGUGAUGUUGACAUGCCAAUGACAUCCCGUCCCCAAUGCCUUGACCAAGUGCCGAAGUGUACCUACUGCUUUUCUGCAUUGCUGCAUUUAGCUUUUUUCAAUUGUUCCACAACUUGCACACACACUCUCCUUUAGAAAUUUUGAGGUUCGAUAUUACGUUAACAAGUUAUUUUUUAAUAUAUAUCUGGACAUCAGCAGUUCUAACCACACGUCUUUAUAAGAUCCAGUAAAUAAUUUUGUGCAGAAGCUUACAUAAUCAUACAGUAAAAGAAAAAGAUUCAUAAUGCAUUACAACCCAAAACAUGUAUUGACCUAACAAGAUUCUAUUUUUUAGUUAUAACAAGAUAUUUUCAGGUUAUUAGGACAUUAAAAAUGAUCAUGUCAUAAGUUUCCAUACUUUCUCUGCACACCAUUUCCUUAAAAAUGAACAAUAGAUACUGUUUUCAAAAUCAUGUUUUAAAAGAAACAUAUACACAUUAUUUAACAAGAUAAAUUGUUUAAUAUAUCAACAAAAAAUAGUUUUUUUCAAUACACUCUAACUUGACUGUCAUUUGAAUACUAAGAAAGUCUUGUUAUAACAAGUACAUAUUCUAUUUUCACAAAAAUCUACUAAAAACAUUAAAUAACUUAUAAAAUAUAAGAAUAUCUUGUAAUAAUAUGAACAUGUCUUCUCUUAAACAACAAAAUAAUUUGUUAAAAUAUGAAAAACAUUAUUUAACAUGAAAUUAUCUUAUUUCACGGAACACUAAAUUUUGAUGUGAUUAUAUGAAGGUAUCAUUUUAACUUUAAAAACUGUCAAAACAUAUAAAUGUCUCAUGAAAGAACAAUUUGUAAGUUGAAUUUUACGGAAUUUCCUGCCCUUUUUGACUGCUAACAUGCUCGCACUGAAAACCUUCAGGGUCUGUCGAAUGCGGAUACAUUUUCUUCCUCUUUAUUAGACCGGUAUUAAGAUCCAUACAUAUUAAUGAUGAACAUGAGCUUCACUGCUUCAUCUGCUUCAUCUGCUUCAUCUGCUUCAUCUGCUUCAUCUGCUUCAUCUGCGUGACUCCCUCUUGUUGAGACAUAUCCGGUUAUUUAUUUUUGAUGUGGAAGUAAAAUAAAAUGACAAAAACAACUCAAGAAGUCACUGUAGUGUCUUCAUACAAGCUUAUUUUGUUGAAUAUAUAUGCUUCCAAAUUCAUUUUCCUACUUUAAAAUAUGAAAAUGUCUUGUUAUAACAUGAAAAAGCACUUUGGUACAACGGUUUAAUUUGACCUGAGAUUAUUUUUUCAAUCAUGAAAAAGACACAAACAUACAUCUAUUUAUUGUUCAAUUAUUUUCAAGGCGAGCCAAUGAAAAAUGAUUGAACCUGCUGUAUCUGCCCUGAUAACUAGAGAACAAUGUUUCUUGUGUUAUAGUAGAGUUUCACAGAGUUUUACAGACGUGGAUUACAGCUGAUGAAAAUGAUCUCUUCACUUCACCUUCACUCUUACUGAGGUCGCUGCCAAGGAACACAGUGAAGGGUUUUCCUCAGGAGAUAUGGAACCAGGCGGAGAUGAUUUUAAAUAUAUAUUAACAACCUCACACUAAGUAUCAGUACCAAAUGAAGCUUUCCUCUUUCUUUUUUUUACCCCCUUAGCAGACAUAUGUAUAGUAUUGUGUUAUAGUAUCAUCAAACAGCCAAUAACCCACCUCUAGAAGCCACAUACAUUGUGCAGAGGAUCUAAUGAACAUGUUUUAGAAAUGUGCAGCAUGAGCACUGUUACGGCUUUAAGGAAAACGGCUCUGAAGAAAAUAUGGCUGCUUGGUUAAAAAUAAACAAAGUUUGUCAUGAAGUUUGCAAGUCUUAAGACUCGAUGAAUUGGCAUGUUAGUUCCUCACGUAUUCUUUAAAAUGUAUUGAAUAAGAUGUUUCACAUAUUGUCAUGUCAACUUCAAAACUGAAUAAACAGCAAUGUCCAAACUCA